UUUAGAUUAAAAAGAACAACCAAACAACGACAGUCCCCCGUAUACUCAAUUCAUUACCAACGUAACCAUGGUGAUGUUCCAGUUAUAAUGUUGACAGUACUGUCAAACGUGCAUUGUAGCGGUUGAGUUGCCGAAGCUUCCAAAUUCGCCAAAAGUUUGCAUUUUAAAAAUCCCAAGCGCUCAUCCAGUGACUUUAGUGUGUGAAUUCGAGUGACCCAGAUCGCGAAGCCGCAAAAAUGGCAAUGAAUUCGUCCCAAGUCAAACAACAACAAAAUAACAUGGCCGGUAGCGGUAGCGGUUGGCCGCGACGCAACAGCCAAAAUUCGUCGACUGCCACCGCUCCCACCUCCACAUUCGAGACCAAGUUCCCAGUUCCAUCGGCGAUAAACAGAAUCAUCAAUCUGUACCCGCUCACAAACUACAUCUUCGGCACGAAGGAGAACCUGUUCGAGAAGGAUCCCAGCGUACCGGCACGUUUCCAGAGAAUGAGAGACGAAUUUGAUCGAAUAGGUCAAAGGAGGAGUGUUGAAGGUGUGCUCUUGGUGCACGAACAUGGUCUACCCCAUGUGCUACUGCUGCAGCUCGGCACCACGUUCUUCAAGUUGCCCGGCGGUGAGUUGAACCCGGGCGAAGACGAGGUAGAAGGUCUGAAAAGACUACUGACAGAGACACUUGGCAGAUUGGACGGCGUGAAGCAAGACUGGCUCGUGGAAGACAUCAUCGGAAACUGGUGGAGGCCGAACUUCGAACCGCCACAGUACCCAUACAUCCCACCACACAUAACUAAGCCUAAAGAACACAAAAGGCUAUUUCUUGUACAACUUCAAGAGAAGGCCCUGUUUGCCGUACCUAAAAACUACAAGCUAGUUGCCGCCCCACUGUUUGAGCUUUAUGAUAAUUCCCAGGGUUAUGGACCAAUAAUAUCAUCAUUACCGCAAGCAUUGUGCAGAUUCCAAUUCAUCUAUAUGUAAUUAUGGUGAUCUCGGUUUAUUUUAUUUAUUUCAUCAGAAGUGUCAACAUUGAUGUCUCAAACGUCAAUUCAAAUAAGACAGAUUUUACUUUCUUUUGUAAAGUAAACUAAAUUAAGCAAUGAAUGAAGGAGCACCUCACGAUUUUUUGACAUGAUUUGUGUAUAUUGUAAUUUUGUGCUCUUCUCUUAUAUUGAUUUAGUGUUUCACAUUAAGUGAAUGUAUGUAUUUAUAGCCGUUUUGUAUGGAAUGUAGAAUAUGUAAGUUAAAAAAUUAAUACUUAUGUAAUGUACAAAUAAAUUUUAUUAAGAGAAAAUUUA